CUCUCUUUCUAAUCUUUCUUUUUCUGUAAAGGAGAUAUUUAUUCUCUCUCUAAUAAUUUCCUCUCUAUCUCUAUAAAAACAACGCUUUUAAUUCUAAUAAUUUGGAUAAAAAAUUAACGAAUUAAAAACGUUAGAUUCCUUCAUAAAUCGAAGAAACUUGAACGAAUUUGAUCUUUAAGAGGAUUUUUUGGGGGGGAAAUUCGUGGUUCGAAAUAUCAGCAAUGGCCGAUUCUGGAAAGAGAGAAGAUGUUGAUGAUGAUCGUGUGGAUCAAAACGGUGACGAAUUGUUCGGUUCAUCGCAGGAAGGCGUUGUUCAGACCUCGUGUGGCGUUGGAUCUGGAACAGGCACGAGACAAAACGGUGAGAUAAGGAAUGGAAUCAGGCUCGCGGAACGAUUGACGGACAUAUUCGUUGAUGAAAACGACGGGGAUUUGUUGCUUCAACAGAUCGAUAGAGAGGAUAGGGUUCUUCAAUGGUUACAAGCUUUAGAUAUGCAAUUAAUCGGCGCUUGUCGAACCGAUGAGAGGCUAAAACCUUUGUUGAAAGUCAACGUAUCAAACGGCAUCGCCGAGGAUCGAUUGUUAGCUCAUUUGAGUCGGCACUUUGAGCCAUCGGAAGUUGGUAUACUGGGGAGGUGUUUUUGCAUACCUUUGGUUUCAGUUCGAGUAGGGAAGAUAAACAAAAAAGGAACUAAUUUUCACCCUUGUGCUAUAAGGGGAAAUUUGAUUCUGACACUCUUGCCUACAUCGGACUUACGCCUUUCAUUUGUUGGGGAUGAUGGUCAAUCUGAGAGACUGUUCAUCGUAAGUGAUGAAUCUGAGUGUGCUGCUGUUUCCAUCGAUGAGAUCCCAGCAGACAAUUCUGGACGAUCUUUCCUUGUGAAGAUCCCAGAUGGCAAAAUUUUUUACUAUUGGUGCUCAGAGAAAUCAAAGCUCCUGGGGACUGAAUUGCUCUCAAAGAUGAAGGAUUUGAUAAAAAUAAAACCUUCAAUUGCUGAACUGACUGGAAUCAGCGAGUCACGACUAGGCUGCUUUGUAACUCAGCUUCGAGCCUAUAUCGUUGGAUCAACAGUGAGUAAUACACAAGCAAUUUAUUCAGGUCCACCUUCACCUAACUCUGUGCUCAACCCCAUUAAUGUGCACAGUGGACAAUCUUCAUCAACAUCAAAAUCUUUGCGAUCCCGGAACUCUAGCAGUCAAAUACUCAAGGUGAAUGCACUUUAUCAAGGUAGUUUAAGUCCAAGAUCAAGUUCUUUCAAAGAGGGUUUGACCCGAAACUUUUCUUCCUUGAGGAUCAAUGCCAGGGAUAAAUUACGUCGUCGUGGAGAUAAUCAUCUUUCAGUAAGUGAGAGCCUUGCAUUUACUUCACCUAUUACUAAUGAUCCCUCUGACGGUGGCAACCAAUGUGAAAAUGAUAAGCUUCCGAAUGUCGAGAGUUGUCCGUUCCCUCCUAACUUCCUCGACUCCCUAGGAAAAUUUUCUGUACCGCCAGCUCUAAGCUCUGUAUCUCAAGUUUCUUCUUUAGGAUUGCCUGUCUUUUCUCCUUACUAUUGUUGGUGCCCCUCAGGAUCAUCGACUCUGCAACACUCGGCUCCUUCUCAAUACCCAACCUCUUCAAUCGAGUCUUUUAAGCUUCCACCACUUCCGUCAAUAUUGCCAAUGAAUAGUUCGUCCAGCUUGUUGAAACCAACACCGCCUCUCGAUCUGACCGAUAUCACUUCAUUGGAUUUUCCAGCUUUCCUCCCAGAACCAUUGGUCCGACUGCCAAUUGCAAAUUCACAACAAAUUCCGACCUUCACACCUUUGAUUUGUGAUCCCAUUGUUCAUAUUCCAUUCAUUAAUUUUUGCUCUUCAGGAGGACAAGGUUACUUGGUUAGUGUCGGUCCCUCCCUUUCAACCACAAUCCCACCGUCACAUCCACAACUCGUGAACACUGAAUCCGUGGUCGAGAAGGGUGAUAGAGAAACUCUUCGGCUACUUAUCAGUGGUUCAACACAGAGUAACCCUCCAUUGAUUGAUGUAUUGCCAGCAGUUCUAACCAGUGCCGACGUGAAAAAGGGUAUCCUUGUUGCCGGAAGCUGUGGUCUAUACAGUGGAACUAGAGAUGUUAGCGCCAUUGCCAAAGGCAUUGCGGCCGUGAGUUUGGUUACACUUUCUUCCAGCUCCAUGGCAGAUAGUAUUAUAAAACGAUCUAGCAGCAGCAGUUGUGACGAUCCUGAUGCAAAUAAGCUAUCGGGAUCUAGCGGCUCGGAUGAAUCGUGUUCGAACAGUGAUGGUGCUAAACUUUCAGGCUUAAGAGAAGAAGGUAUUGAUUAAAUAAUAUGUUUUGUUUCUUUGGUUCUUUAAAAAUGAAAAAUUGUAGAUAAAUGUAUCUGCAGUUUUGUCAUAAUGUAAUUGUAAUUAAAUCCCAAUCACUUACCCACUUUAGGGAUUUGAUCUC